GAGUUCAGAGAGAGCUAGAGAGAGUGGGUGAGAGAGCAAGAGGGAGAGCGAGAGAGAGAGAGAGAGAGAAGCGAAGUAAGUGGAGAGGGUUGCCGCUGCGCACAAACAGAGAUUUGAUCUGCGAGUUCGGUGCUAGUCAGUUUGCACUAAGCCACCUACUGCAAACAAGGCUGCGUCUAAACAUAUACCUCUACAACUUGUUGAAUCGGCUUAAUAAUAUAGAAACUUUGUCAGGGAAAAGUUGAGGAACUUUUGAGUGGGACUGGAUACGACCUUGGAUCUAUUUAUGACAACAUUCAAGUGAAACAUUAUUUUUUGAAUGUAUGUUUUGAAGAAGUUUAUUAUAUUUAUUACCCGGGCAAAUUCACAUUAAUGUGAAUCCCUGCCAAAUAAUCGCAUUUGAAUAGACUGAAAAUAACAUCAACAUAGGGGGAACAAUAUAUUUUUAAAGACAUUUUUAUUUUUCAUCUCCAGGUGAACGAAGGUAACGAAGAAAACUGUGGAUUAAACAAAGCAGGAAUUCGGACAGAUUUUUUUUCUUACUUGACUUAUCGGUUCACUCCGGUGUGUAUGAACGUUUGCUAAAAAGCUAUGGAAGUAUCCGCGGACCAACCCCGAUGGAUGAGCCAUCACCACCCAUCGGUGCUAAACGAACAGCAUCCCGGUUCCCACCACCCGGGCCUCGGUCACUCGUACAUGGACCCCUCGCAGUAUCCCCUCGCCGACGAUGUGGAUGUACUGUUUAAUAUCGACUCACAGGGCAACCACGUAUCUCCAUACUAUGGGAACUCAGUCCGAGCCGUCCAGAGGUACCCACCUCCUCCACAUAGUAGUCAGGUGUGUCGCCCCUCUCUACUGCACGGCUCUCUGCCGUGGCUGGACGGAAGCAAAGCAAUGCAGCACCACAGUACUUCCCCGUGGAACCUGAGUCCUUUCCAAAAGAGCUCACUGCACCACGGUUCCCCGGCAGGUCUCUCCGUCUACCCCCCGGCGUCCUCCUCCUCCCUGUCCGGGGGCCACUCCAGCCCGCACCUCUUCACCUUUCCCCCCACUCCUCCGAAAGACGUGUCCCCGGACCCAGGCAUCUCCACUCCGGGCUCAAGCAGCAACAGUCGCCAACAGGAGGAAAAAGAGUGCAUAAAGUACCAGGUGUCCCUGGCCGAGAGCAUGAAACUGGAGUCUCACAGCCGGAGCAUGGCAUCAAUCGGAGCGCAAUCCUCCGCCCACCAUCAUCACCCCAUCGCCACAUACCCAUCCUAUGUCCCCGAAUACGGCCCAGGCCUCUUCCCACCAAGUAGCCUGAUAGGUGGGUCAUCUUCUAGUUAUGGUUCCAAAACAAGACCAAAAACAAGGUCAUGUUCAGAAGGUAGAGAGUGCGUUAACUGUGGAGCUACGUCGACCCCGCUCUGGAGGCGGGAUGGCACUGGUCACUAUUUGUGUAACGCCUGCGGACUCUAUCACAAGAUGAACGGGCAGAAUCGGCCCCUCAUCAAACCCAAGCGACGACUGUCUGCAGCAAGACGGGCAGGAACAUCAUGUGCAAACUGUCAAACGAGCACGACAACACUGUGGCGAAGAAACGCUAACGGGGACCCGGUGUGUAACGCUUGCGGUCUAUACUACAAACUGCACAAUAUCAACCGACCUCUCACCAUGAAGAAGGAGGGCAUCCAGACCAGGAACAGGAAGAUGUCCAGCAAGUCGAAGAAGAGCAAAAAGUCCCACGACAGCAUGGACGACUUCUCCAAGAGCCUGAUGGAGAAGAGCAGCUCGUUCAGCCCCGCCGCUCUGUCCCGCCACAUGUCCUCCUUCCCCCCCUUCUCACACUCCGGCCACAUGCUGUCCACCCCCACGCCCAUGCACCCCUCCUCCUUCGCCCCCCACCCCCACUCCAGUAUGGUCUCUGCCAUGGGCUAGAAGACCCCAAUGGUACCACCCACCUCCCAAAACCCCUCAAUCAACAAUUAACCCCCCCAUCCUCUUACCCUCAGUUCUCUUAGCUUACCUGAAUCUCAAGCUGAAAGAUAACCAAACUGAUCUCUGCUACCCAUAACCAACCACUCUGCUCCAUCACCAAGCCGCCUAUGAUCUGACCUCGGUGUGAGGGAGACAGGCUCUAUGGGUCCUUGCUUUUGUUCAGUUGUAUCUUUUUUCAUCUUUAUCAAGUGUAUCUACUGCGAUACUCAAAGCCUGGCAGACUGACUCAAUGACUGAGGUUUUCUGACUCCUGGGGAGACCAUUGUUGUUCUCCGACCUGGGAGAAAAGAUCCUGAAGCUUCACCCACUCACUGACUGUGUCCUCCCAGCUGAUAACCCCCAAUCCGGAAUCCCAUUUGUGUGCAAAAUGCCAUUAUUCAUGGGAAAAGCAAAGAUUAUAAACAAUCAUUACAAAAGCUAUUACAUUUAUGAUGCCCCAGAUUAUAAACAAUCAUUAUAAAAGCUCCAAUUUAUGAUGCCCCCCCUCCCCUUCUCACCCUACUUCACACACCUGUAUGACAGGACCC